AUGAAGCGACUAGUUUAUUGUCAGCCGUUUCUUGUCAAAGAAGAGGGUUCAAUUUGUACAUAUUUUGUAAAGGAAGUUGUGGUAGUUUUUGGGAAGAUGAAGCAUGUGGACUUUGUUGUCUAUUAUAAUUCCACCGAAUUUGAUGUGCAGUGUAUGUGCCAGUUGUUUGAAUUUAGGGGCAUCAUGUGUGCUCACUCACUCGUUGUGCUCAUUGCAAGAUGCAUAAACAAGGUUCCAAAUAAAUACAUUCUACCACAAUGGCGAAAAGAUUUGGAUAGAGGGUACACAUGCAUAAAAACCACAUACAGUGGCUUUGGGGAUGAUUUCAAUGCAAAGGUGUAUGAGAAGAUGAGCAGAAAAUUGGUUGGCAUUGUACAAUUUGCUGGGAACUGUGAAGGGAAAAUAAAACUUAUUGACCGUGGGUUGGAUGAAAUCAAGGCAAAAGUGAUGAAAGAUGAUGAAGGUGGUGGGAGUAAUGUAGCACCUUCGACUAGUAAUGUACCACCUAUUACUAGUAAUGUACCAUCUUCCCCAAUUGGCAGCAUUAAUAGACACACAAUCAGUCAUACCAAGUUGCUUAGUCCUUUGGUUGCUCGGCGAAAAGGUCGUCCAGUUACUAAAAGAAAGGUUGCCAAAGUAGAUCAAAUAGUGAAUCGGUUGAAGGCAAGCAAAAGAAAACAUAGCAAAUCAAAGGUAAAUUGGUAUUCAUUACUCUCUAUUCAACUCAUAUUUUAUUGUAAUCAUGUCAUACAAUUGAAGCAUUCAUGA